AUGGCAAAAAAUCCUCCAGGCUGGCCAAGCAAUAGAGUGGAAAAAGACAGUAUUGAGCAAGAGAACCGUGAAGUGGAAGAGUGGAGGAAGGUUGGACCUUUAGGGAAAUUAAGGAAUAUUACUGUUUGGAUUCAGAGAUCCCCACAGAGACGGGUCGCUUUUGCGGAAUUGUUGGAGAAAAUGAUGGCUGGUUCUGAGAAACAGGCCAGGCAAUUGAUAUUGGGCAAUGUUACAAGAUGGACGGGUGAUUAUGACGCACUUUCUCAAGCUCUUGAAUUCCGGCAAGCAAUUGAUUUGCACUUUCAAAUGCUUAUCAUGGAAGAUCCCAAAAUAACAAUCUCCAAUGACCGCCUAACUUCAGAUGACUGGUCAGUACUGCAAACAAUUUCCCGAAUUUUGGAGCCAUUCAGGGAAGACACUCUUGCUCUGGAGGGAAAUAAAGCUCAGGGUUCGCUUUAUGAAGUUUACCCAUCACUCCAGGCAUUAACAAAUCAUCUUGCACAAACAAAAUCCAACCUUGCCCUUCAACAUUCCCCUCUACAGAGAUCACUGGAUCUAGCCAUCGAAAAGUUCAAUAAGUAUUAUUCCCUUGAGAGACUGUCACCUAUUCUUUGUGCCGCUAUCAUUUUGAAUCCAAACAUGGACAACUUCUUUGCCAGUGAAUCCAGUUGGGGUGGGCGUCCAGAUUGGGUAUCUCAUGCAAAGCAUCUUGUUCGUCAGCUCUGGAUUACCAAUUACAAGUCAUUAUCAUUGCACCAACAAGCGAUUUCUACUCCAGAUUCACCAAGAAGAAAUCAAAACCCGGCAGCCAUGGGCCCACCAAAAUCAGUACGCAGCUUCAAAAAGCCAAAGGUUUCUCCAAGAAUAGACAUGGAUGAAAUGGACCAUUAUUUGCGAUGGUGUGAGCAUAAUGAGGAUGAAUUAGAGAAUCCUAUUCAGUGGUGGAUUAGCAAAAAGCCAACAUAUCCCAAGCUAUCUAUUUUUGCUCUGGAUACUUUUUCUGUACCAGCAAUGGCAGCGGAGUGUGAGAGAGUUUUUAGCAGUGCAAAGCAUCAAAUUACCGACUGCCGUAAUAGAUUAUCUGAAGAUAUAAUUGAAGCAGGAGAGUGUCAGAAAUCAUAG